AUGCAAGCGGCUCUCAGGAUGAUGGCCAAGCAGGAGCGAAGCUGGUGGAGGCUACACCCUACAGAGGACGCGCUGGCGACCCUGGAGGUGAAGCAGGAGCCUCUGAGCCCUGAACCUGUCGACGCCCCAGCCUCUGCUAGCUGGAGCCGGUCCCCAGGCAAAAGGAAACACAAGUCCUCAGGGAGAAGAAGCGAGUCUCCACGGACCAAGAGAAGCCGGAGUUCCCACUACUCCUCGGUCAGAGUGAAGCAGGAACGUGAGGACCAUGCACGGAGAGGUCGAGAGCAACACCAGCCCCGGAAGCCAUCAGAACCGUGCCAGGGCAGAACUGGGAAGAGAGAGCGAGACCAGCACUCCAGUCGUUCCCACCAAAGGAGGAGCUGGGAUGAGAGGACUGUCAGUGGGCAGGGUCGGGAUGGAGACAGCCAGGAUCUGCAGGCCCAGGAAGAAGAGAGGAACUUUCAGGAUGCCAGGCGCCUCUGCCAGGAGCAUCGCCAGCAGAAGGAAGGUGCUGGUGGUGAGGCUCAGGAGGUGAUCCCUCGCCCUGCUGGUAACAGAAGUAAAGAGGUGUCUAUUAAAGAAAAACCAAGCCUUGAACUUUCUGGGGCACUUCUUGAGGACACCAAUACCUUCCGGGGUGUGGUCAUUAAGUACAACGAACCCCCAGAGGCCCGGAUCCCAAAAAAACGGUGGCGUCUGUACCCCUUUAAAAAUGAGGACAUGCUUCCGGUCAUGUACAUCCACAGGCAGAGUGCUUACCUUCUGGGUCGGGAUCGCCUCAUCGCCGACAUUCCCAUCGACCAUCCCUCUUGCUCAAAGCAGCAUGCAGUCUUCCAGUACCGGCUUGUGGAGCACAGGCGUGCCGACGGCACAGCUGGACGGACGGUGAAGCCCUACAUCAUUGACCUGGGCUCAAGCAAUGGAACCUUCUUGAACCACGCGCGUAUUGAGCCACAGAGAUACUACGAACUGAAGGAAAAGGAUGUCCUUAAAUUUGGGUUCAGCAGCAGAGAAUAUGUCUUGCUCCAUGAGUCUUCAGACACCUCUGAAGCAGACAGAAAGGAAGAGGAAGAGGAGGAAAUGGUGUCUGACAGCUAG